AACAUGGGCCAGAGAUUCAGAUCAUGUAGCAGUCCACAGCGAUUAAACUUCAGGAGAUCCAGUUAGCCUGGAAUGGGCCCAUUUCUCGCACCCUGGAUUCCUCUCAAAUUGCAGCCUAGGCGGCAUUAGUCAUGGAGCUCUGUGGUUUUGCACUCGGCACAUCCUGUGCUGCAGACUUAAACUGUUGACGUGAGCUGACCAGGCAGGUGUACAUGAGGGUGGUUGGAUCCCAUUGGUUGGACUCUCCAGCUCUAAUGAACCUCUCAGCCUGGUAAUUAAUAUAAUGACACGACUAUCCCCAAAGUAAACAAGGGGAAAAAAUCAAUGCAAACUACACUUUUUAUUGGCAGCUAGGCUUGCCUGUGACUAUUUCUCGGUCCUUCUGAGAGGAAAGGGCUUCGCAGCCCCAGAGAAGGAAUGCCUUUUACUACUACUACUACUACUACUACCUGUUUCUAGUUAUGUUUCCCUGGAAGAUGUAGGAUAAGACAGUUUCCCACUAUUCCAGUUUUCCUGCUGAAGCUGCCAGUGAUCAAGUGCGAGCAGCCAAAGCAUCAUCCAGCCAUGGAUAUCAAAGCAACAGCGCAUCAGAGACACCAUCCCCAGGAAGCUGGAGAAGAUGAGACUGCUUCCCCCAACCCAGAGGGCUGGAAGAUCAACUACGAGAAGUCGUGGCUACACCGCCAUUGCUCUUCCUUGCUCCUCCGCGACAAGCAGGCCCAGAAGGCCGGGCGGCUUUUCUCAGGACUGAUGGCCAUGAACGUGGUGUUCCUGGGCAGUGCCUUCAUCUGCAGCAUGAUUUUCAACAAGGUGGUCAUUACGCUGGAAGACGUCUGGAUCUUCCUCUCCAUCCUCAAGGUCCUGGCCUUAGGCUGGAUGGCAAGCUAUUUAUUGUUCACCAGGAGGAAGCCACACGCUAUCUUGUACCGGGAUGCCCAUGCAGGGCCCAUGUGGGUUAAAGGUUCUCUAAUCCUGUUUGGCGCUUGCAGUGUCCUCCUGCACAUGUUCCGGAUUGGGUACAACAUUAUCCAUAUUCAAUGUAAAUCCCAGGUGGCCCUUUUGUUCCCAUCCAUAGGAAUCCUCUUCAUCUGCAUUCAGACUUACUUUAUAUGGUGCCAUGCAAAGGACUGCACCCAGGUUCACCACAACUUCACCAGAUGUGGGCUAAUGCUGACCUUAGCCAUUAACCUCUUGCUGUGGCUCUUAGCAGUGACCGAUGACUCAGUUCACAAGGAAAUUGAAUCAGAACAAAACAAUACCAUGCAGAGAUAUGAAGGCAAUGGGACCAGCUCCUGCAGGUGCUCCAACAAAACAGGCUGCAAGGUCUUCCAGAAUGGCUAUAUUUUGCUGUACCCCUUCAACACAGAAUACUGCCUGAUCUGCUGCUCCAUGCUUUAUGUCAUGUGGAAGAACGUGGGCCGGCGCAUAGCUCAGCACCAUAGUACUUGUGCCAAGCCCAGAUUCAAACCACAUGGGGUCAUUUUUGGGCCGCUGCUGGGCAUCUUCGCAGUGAUCGCUGGCAUCUGCAUUUUCAUGAUGUAUCAGGUCCAAGCCACCAGCUCCUCCCCGAGCCAUCAGGCAUUCAUUCUCUAUUAUUCCUACUACAUUGUUUUGUUGCCUGUGAUGACACUAGGAGCCUUAAUUGGAACCAUCACCCAUGGCUUAGAAGAGAGGGAGCUGGACACGCUAAAAAACCCAACACGAAGCCUCGAUGUGAUACUGCUCAUGGGAGCAGCCUUAGGCCAGAUCGGCAUCUCUUACUUUUCCAUUGUGGCCAUUGUGGCCACAGACCCAACGGAUUUGUUGAACAGCAUCAUCCUAGCCUAUUCGGUGAGCCUCAUCAUUCAGCACAUCACUCAGAACAUCUUCAUUAUUGAGGGGCUCCAUAGACAGCCACUGCCAGCAAAUGAAGCUCACAGCCAAGCUGAACAUUCCGGGAAUGGCUCUACCUCAACCCAGAGCCCACCCAGUGAAGACAUGAUUGCAUCCCCUGGCUGUCGAGAACCUGUCUCAUCAGCAGCCAACAAGGAGGCAGAUCCCAAUGAAGGGGAGAAAUGCGAACAUGCUAGCGUCCCAAAAGUUUGCAACCCAGAGAGAAGGCAGGACAUCCGCAAAGCUUCACAGACCUACAUCCAGACCUACAGCCAUUUGAACUGGAAGAGGAAAGCUCUGAAAGAGAUCUCUAGCUUCUUGAUCAUGUGCAACAUCAUAUUAUGGAUCAUGCCAUCAUUUGGAGCGCAUCCGGUGUUUGAGAAUGGAAUAGAGAAAUCAUUUUAUGGCUACUCUACCUGGUUUGUUAUUGUCAAUUUCGGGCUUCCCUUGGGUGUGUUCUACAGGAUGCAUUCCGUUGGCGAUCUUCUGGAGGUGUACCGAUCUGCUUGAACUCAACUCAAGCCUUCAUACAUGGACAGCAGAGUGAAAACUUCACUGAAAUAUUUAUGGAAACCAGUAACUGUUAUGAGAAUAUGACAUUAAAAAGUGGAAAUUGUGGCUACAGUUUGAACAGUUUACGACACUGGGGUGGGGGAAUCAAAGUAAAUUUAACCUUCUUGGUACUUAGCCUACUAUGUCAUGGGAGAAUGCACAUCCCAUAACAGAUUAUUACAGAACUGACACAUUCUGUGUACAUUAUAAUCUCUAAUUACAAUUAUGCUAGUAAGGUAAAGGGACCCCUGACCACAAGGUCAA